AUGAUAGGGGCAGCAGGCCAAAACAAACAACACUUUAUUACGAAGAACACGGCCAAGCUCGACCGAGAAACAGAAGAGCUGCACCAUGACAGAGUUCCCCUGGAGGUGGGCAAAGUGAUCCAGCAAGGCCGACAGAGCAAGGGCAUGACGCAGAAGGACUUGGCCACAAAAAUCAAUGAAAAACCACAAGUUAUUGCUGACUACGAAUCAGGAAGAGCAAUCCCCAAUAACCAGGUUAUGGGCAAGAUCGAAAGAGCCAUUGGCCUUAAACUGCGGGGGAAGGAUAUUGGAAAACCGCUGGAGACUGGCCCCAAAGGGAAGUGACAACAAAGCCUCGAAAUCAGUUUGUUCAGACUGAUCUCGUCUGGCUGGUUCUCCCUGACCACCAGAAUCUCUCUUCGUGUUGCCAAGCUGAACAAGAGGGUUUCAGACUUGCUUUGGGGGGGAAAUCUGCUGAAUCUGUACCUGCUGUAAAAAGGCAACCUUAAAGAAGCGAUUUUCCUGAUUUUGUUUUUCCUUCCUCCUUUCCAGAGAUUGAGGAACUAAACCCAAAAAAAUACUGCAUCUGAUUUGCCAGAAAACAUGUGCGUCUUGGUGUUUAGAAGCAGCUAAUGUUAAGACACUUGGGGUGGUCUGAAACGUGAUCAUUUAAUUGGAACGAUUUGGGGGCCGGGUGGGAUAUAUUAUAUAUAAAUAAUUUGGGAGAGUUGGGGUCGAUCAGUGUCUGCAUUUGAAAUGGUGACUCGGUCACUGCAUCACAAUGACAUUUUUGUUUGUUCCUUCCAGCCUGUUUUAAAGAGAUCUAUAAUAAAGUUUGAUACCCUUCAGUUGCACGGGGUAGCUGCUGCAUGU